AUGGCAGACAAGGAGACAAACGGAUCCAGCAAGCAGGACCAUAAUCGUCGUGAAUAUCGAUUAAUUCCUAAUAUCAUCGACAAUUUCGCGAAGGGGGAUCCCGAGAGAGAGGCGUUCCUUACACCGCGAUCCGACGAUCCCAAGGAUGGCUGGAAAACCGUCACGUUUAAAGAAUAUGCGAACGCUAUCAACCGAAUCGCGCACAAGAUCGUAGAGGAGUGUGGCACUCCGCCUCCGGGAUCUUUCCCCACGAUAGCUUACGUUGGCCCAAACGAUACUCGUUACGUCGUGUUUCUAGUCAGCGCCGUUAAAGCUGGUUAUAAGGCCUUGUUUAUCUCUCCUCGCAAUUCACUCGAGGGACAGUUGAGCUUAUUCGAAAAUACCGAUUGUCGGUUUCUCGCUUUUCCAAACUCGUUCCGAGGGCUGGUCGAUCCGUGGCUAGAAAAACGCGAAAUGAAGGCGAUCGAAGUUGAACCCGCUGAAGCUUGGUUCGUGGAGCAAGACGCUGAGCCUUUCCCAUACGGAAAGACUUUUAAGCAAGCCGAAUGGGACCCGUUGGUUGUGCUUCAUACCAGCGGAAGUACUGGAAUCCCGAAGCCCGUUGUCGUCACGCAUGGUCUGAUAGCUAUAAACGACGUCUAUCAUGACUUGCCUAUAUUUGGCGAUGUAUACGAACCAUGGCUUCGAGCCUACUCAAAAGUAUCGCGAAAGAACUUCGUACCGAUGCCCCUUUUCCACGCGGCCGGAUUAUACCUCUUCAUCUACAGCGCAUUAUAUUUUGAUACCCCGACCGCCUUCGGCAUUGCUGAUCGCCCUCUAUCUAUUGAUCUUGUCGUCGAGUGUCUUGACAACCUAGAUGUCGAGGGAGCCGUACUUCCUCCGGCGAUGCUAGAGGAGAUGAGUCAGAACGAGGAACACAUCAGAUCGCUGAUGAAGCUUAAGUGUAUCGGUUUUGGUGGAGGAAAUCUCAACAAGGAGGCGGGGGAUAAACUGACUAAUAAGGGCUUGAGACUAGUCAACAUGAUCGGUGCUACAGAAUAUGCGAUACUUCAGAUGGGCCUUCAGCCGAAUCCCGAGCUAUGGCAAUGGUUCGUAUUUAAUUCCGACUUGAUCGGAGCGGAUUGGCGCAAGAUCGAAGGUAACGAAGAAGUCUACCAGCUGGUUAUUGUUCGAAAAGACAAGCAUCCGGGUCUCCAGGGUAUUUUUUAUACCUUUCCGGAGUUGGACGAGUUCGAUACCAAAGACAUGUACAAGCGUCACCCGACUCUCCCGCAUCACUGGAUGUACUACGGAAGAUCCGACAAUAUCAUCGUGUUUUCCAACGGAGAAAAGCUCAAUCCGGUGACCAUCGAAGAGACUGUCGCGGGUCAUCCCGGAAUCAAGGGCGUCUUGGUAUUCGGUUCGAAUCGCUUUCAAGCUGGUCUCCUUCUCGAGCCUGCAGUACAUCCCGAAGAUCAUCAAGCAGCCGAGGAACUGCUCGAUAGCGUCUGGCCGUAUGUUGAUAAAGUAAACGACGAGACUGUGGCACACGGACGAAUAGCACGGCAGUUCGUGAUAUUGUCUAGCCCGGACAAGCCGUUCCACCGCGCUGGCAAAGGGAGCAUCCAGCGAGCGAGCACGUUGAAGCUAUAUAAAGAAGAGAUCGAAAAACUAUACGAAGACGCAGAUAAAGCGUUUGACGGACCUGCUCCAGACAUUAAUAUGAGUUCGGAGAGCGCGCUGGCGGAAUCUGUAAAGGACGUAUUUCAAACGAGACUUGGAUCUAAAGGGAAAAUCGAGCUGGACACAGAUUUUUUCUCGGCUGGGAUCGACUCCUUGCAGGUUAUCAACGCUACCCGGCUCCUCCGUGGCGGAUUAGAAGCUUCGAGUUUCCACGUCUACGCGGAAAAGGUGUCGGCUCGUAUGAUAUACGGAAAUCCUACGCCGCGAAGGCUUGCUCGGUCCAUCUAUUCUCUCGUGAAAGAAGGUGAGAAUGGAAGUGUAGAGAGGGAUCAGGACCAUGAGCUUCAGGCGAUGAACCUUCUUUGGAAGAAGUAUACGGAUAAUCUUCCGACGAAAAAAGAAGGAAGAUCUGAUCCCGAGGAUGAGAACCAGACUGUUCUUCUUACCGGAUCCACGGGCAUGUUGGGAUCUUAUAUGCUAGAUCUCCUGGUGAAAACCCCGGCGGUGAAGAAAGUUAUAUGUUUAAAUAGAGCAGAGGACGGCGGCAUUAAACGUCAAGGACAGAACGCCAAGGACCGAGGUCUCAGUCCCGAUUUUGCAUCCAAAGCCGAAUUCCACCAUGCUGAUAUAUCGCUCCCGGACUUUGGGCUUUCUCCCGAGGUGUAUGACCGGUUCCUACACGAAGCGGACCGCUUUAUUCAUAAUGCGUGGCCGGUUAACUUCAACAUUCCCGUCGAAUCGUUUGAGCCCCAUAUCCGAGGCGUCCGAAACGUUGCCGACUUCGCGACCAACUCAUCUAAACGAGUGGCGGUUGUUUUUAUAUCGUCGAUCGGGACCGCGGACAAUUGGGAUAGCAAAAAGGGAGCGAUACCGGAACAGAGGCUUGAAGACCUAACAUUGGCAGGGGGCGGCUAUGGGCGCAGCAAGAUGGUAGGAAGUCUUGUUCUAGAUGAUGUUGCGAAGGCGGGGGAUUUCCCGGCUGCGAUAAUCCGAGUUGGACAGAUAGCCGGCCCCGAGUCGGAAGCAGGUUGCUGGAAUAAGCACGAGUGGCUCCCGUCGAUUAUCUCGAGCAGCUUAUACUUAGGAGCUCUUCCGGCCCACUUGGGAAUUAUGGACCGCGUCGAUUGGACUCCGGCUGAGAGCAUCGCGAACUUAGUUCUCGAGGUUGUUGGCGUGUCCCAGAAGGUCGCGGCCCAAGAUAUCACUGGAUAUUAUCACGGAGUUAACCCGUCGGCCACAUCGUGGGCAGAUCUUGCUCUGGCCGUCCAGGAAUUCUACGGGAAAGACCGCAUUCCGGAGCUCGUCAGCUUUAGAGACUGGGUCGAUCGAUUGGAGCAAAGCCAGGCCGGCGGUACCCAAGAUCUAGACAAGAACCCGGGUGUUAAGCUGGUCGACUCUUAUCGAGGGAUGGCAGAGGCCUACGAAAAAGGACAGGAGCCCUUCGUUUUUGAUAUGAAACAUACGAUGGAGCGCAGCGCAACGAUGAAGUCGGCCAAGCCCAUUACGCCUGAGUUGAUGAGACACUGGUGUAAGCAAUGGGGCUUCUAG